CUUCAGCCCGACAACAUCAUCGCCUUGGCAGCAUGAGGGCCAUCAUGAGGACGGCAGUGUUGGUGGCGCUGGCAGCGGCUCUGGUGAACCAGAGCACGGCCGGCACGGCAGGCAAGGAGGCCGACGAGGAGCUCCGAGCCUACAGCCCGCGCCUGGUCGGCGCUGAUCUGCUCCCAGCCGGCGCUGAUCUGCUCCCAGCCAAAGCAUAUCGGUUCUCUGCCGACGCUGAUCUGCUCUCUGCCGGCGCCCAGCAGGUGUCCCAUGUUGCAGCCUACCCGCUACUCACCGCAGCGGGAGGUCAUGGUCACGGUCACCACGGCCAUCAUCACAAAAGCCAUCAUAAAAAGCACGGCCACAAAGGCCAUAAAGGCCACCACGCCAAACACGGCCACAAGAAACACCAUAAAGGAGACUUCAGCAAAAGCCACAAGAAGGGCCACUUCGACAAAGGUGGUAAGCACCACAAAGGCCAUCACCACAAAGAACAUCAUCACGGCCAUCACAAACAUGGCAAGAAAGGCAAGAAAGGACACAAGCAUGGCAAGAAAGGCCACCAUAAGAAGGGACACAAGAAUAAG